UGGUGUGGUGAAACGCCAUCGUUUCGGUGAAACCACAAUCGCAUUUUCCAAUUUCCCAAUUCGUCAUGUUGUGGAAAUCUCUGACCCCGCAGAACUGACCGAGCUCGCAGAGAUUCUGAUCUCUUCGGCGACCUCCGGAUGUCCAACACUCAUUCACUCCCCAACACUCAUCCACUCACCGUGCCCGAUCGGUGGUGAUCAUUCUUAGUUCCAUUGUUUGGGAUCCAAGAAAAUUCAAGCCCUCCCUGGUUAACCGUGUUUUUUUCAUUCAUCCAAAUCCAUUUGGCUUUGAUUUCAAAGAUGGAAGAAGUUUGUCUCAAUAGUGAACCAGUGUUUGAUGAAGGUGAUGAGUACGAUGUUGAGGGAGACUGCAGUGUUGUUGAUCAUGAUGAUGAAGCGGGGGAACCACGGACUAGAAAAGAACCUCCACUCCCAACUGUUGGUUUAGAGUUUGAUUCUUUUGAUGAAGCUUAUGAUUUUUACAAUGUUUAUGCUAAACAACAGGGUUUUGGCAUUAGAGUGAGCAAUUCAUGGUUCAGAUCAAAGAGAAAAGAACGGUAUAGAGCAAAGCUAAGUUGCAGCAGUGCAGGUUUCAAGAAAAAGAGUGAAGCCAACAAUCCAAGACCAGAAACAAGAACUGGUUGUCCUGCCAUGAUUGUCAUCAGGCUGGUGGACUCCAAAAGGUGGAGAAUAGUUGAAGUAGAACUUGAACACAACCAUCAGGUCAGUCCACAAAUCAAGAGGUUUUACAAGUCACAUAAAAAAAUGAUUCUUGCUGCCAAAAAGGCGCAACCGUCUCCAGAGCCUGUUACAGAAGUGCAUACCAUUAAGCUCUACCGAACGGCUAUUAUGGAUGCCGGGUCUAAUGGGUACUCUCAUUUUAAUGAAAGAGAGGGCAUGAAUCCUGUUGAUCACUCUAAACAUUUGGAGCUCAAAGAAGGAGAUGCUCAUGCAGUUUACAACUACUUUUGUCGCAUGAAACUGACAAAUCCAAACUUCUUUUAUUUGAUGGAUCUUGAUGAUGAUGGGCGCCUGAGGAAUGUCUUUUGGGCUGAUGCCAGGUCCAGAGCUGCAUAUGGUUAUUUUUGUGAAACAGUUGCAAUAGACACAGCAUGCUUGGCAAACAAAUAUGAGGUCCCCUUGAUUUCAUUUGUUGGCGUAAACCACCAUGGACAAUCCAUAUUGUUGGGCUGUGGAUUUCUUGGAAAUGAGUCAGUGGACUAUUUUGUUUGGAUUCUCAGGGCAUGGCUGAAAUGCAUGUUAGACUGCCCUCCACAAGUUAUCAUUACUGACCAGUGUAAGCCCUUACAAAUUGCAAUCUCUGAAGUUAUCCCUAGUGCGAGGCAUUGUUAUUGUUUGUGGUAUAUCAUGCAGAGAAUUCCUGAGAAGUUGGGUGGUUUGAAGGGAUAUGAAGCAAUCAAAAGACAGUUGCACAAAGCAGUCUAUAAUUCCUUGAAGAUAGCUGAGUUUGAAACUUCUUGGGCUGAGAUGAUCAAGUGGAAUGGAUUAGGGGAUAAUAAAUGGCUUCAGACAUUAUAUGAAGAACGGCAACUGUGGGUUCCAGUUUACUUAAAAGAUACCUUUUUUGCAGGAAUGGUCCCUAUCCAAGAAAAUGAUGGUGUGACUGCAUUUUUUGAUGGUUAUGUACAUAAACAUACAUCUUUUAAGGAAUUUGUUGAUAAGUACGAUCUAGCUCUACAUAGGAAGCACAUGAAGGAAGUAACUUCUGACAUGGAGUCAGCAAAUUCGAGCUAUGAAUUGAAAACAAGAUGCAAUUUUGAAGUGCAGCUCUCUAAAGUAUACACAAAAGAAAUUUUCAAGAGGUUCCAAUCAGAGGUUGAGGGGAUGUAUUCCUGCUUCAACACAAGGCAGGUCAACGUUAAUGGACCUAUAAUUACUUACAUAGUCAAAGAAAGAGUUGAAGUCGGUGAGAACGAGAAGGAAGUUAGAAACUACGAGGUUUUGUACGAGACAACACAAGUGGAUAUCCGAUGCAUUUGCAGUUUGUUCAAUUACAAAGGUUAUUUAUGCAGGCAUGCUUUAAAUGUUCUUAACUAUAACGGGGUAGAGGAAAUCCCAUCCCGCUACAUUCUUCCAAGGUGGAGUAAAGAUUUUAAAUGCAGGUACCUUCUAGAUCACAGCUCCUGUAAUAUUGACAUGUUUAACCCGGUGCACCGGUAUAAUUAUCUAAAUAAGCGAGCCCUUCCGGUUGUGGAACAAGGGGCACAUUCUCAAGAUUGUUAUAAGACUGCAUUGCAAGAACUAGAGGAAUUGUUAAACAAGUUUAAACUUGUAGAUGAUAACCUAAUGUAACAUGGAAUAGUAUAAUACAGCAGCAACUAGCAAGAAAUGCAUAAAUCUUCCUACGAGGAACUUGUUUUGUUUCCAUA